UUUUGUUUGGAACUGGAGAAAAUGAAUGUAAUUACGUGUGGGGAUUUGGAACACUGAGAAAAAGGAAAGGAAAAAAAAGGAAGAAAAAGAGGAAUGGCAAUGGAGUCACCAUUCAAGGCAGAUAUAGUGAAAGGAAAGGUGGUUUUGAUAACAGGAGGAGGGUCAGGCAUUGGUUUUGAGAUUUCAACACAGCUUGGGAAACAUGGAGCUUCUGUUGCUAUCAUGGGUCGACGCAAAUCAGUCCUUGAUGCUGCUGUCUCUGCUCUUCAAUCCCUUGGGAUUCAAGCUGUUGGCUUUGAGGGGGAUGUUCGCAAGCAAGAAGAUGCUAAAAGAGUUAUUGAGUCAACUUUCAAGCAUUUUGGCCACAUUGACAUUCUUGUCAAUGCUGCUGCUGGCAAUUUUCUUGUCUCUGCUGAGGAUUUAUCCCCUAAUGGGUUUCGAACAGUUAUGGAUAUUGAUUCCGUUGGAACGUUCACAAUGUGCCGUGAAGCACUCAACUAUCUCAAAAAGGGAGGACAUGGAAGGAGCUCAUCUGGGGUUGGAUCAAUUUUAAACAUUAGUGCUACUUUACAUUAUACAGCUUCAUGGUAUCAAAUACACGUCUCUGCAGCCAAGGCAGCUGUUGAUAGCAUUACCAGAAGCUUGGCACUUGAAUGGGGAACUGACUAUGAUAUUCGAGUCAAUGGUAUUGCCCCUGGCCCCAUCGGUGAUACUCCUGGCAUGAGUAAACUUGCACCAGAUGAGAUUAGAAGCAAAUCUCGAGAGAACAUGCCUUUGUAUAAAAUAGGGGACAAAUGGGAUAUUGCUAUGGCAGCUCUGUACCUUGUUUCAGAUGCUGGUAAAUAUGUGAAUGGAACUACCCUAAUAGUUGAUGGAGGAUAUUGGCUGAGCAGGCCUCGCGAUCUACCAAAAGAGGGGGUCAAGCAGAUAUCUCGGGCAGUGGAAAAGAGAUCUAGAGAUAAACCAGUUGGAGUUCCAACCAGCAAGCUGUAAACCAACACCAUGGAGUGAUCAUAUAAAUGCUUCAACAUAUAACUAAAACUAUAGUUUUCAUAUGUGAACAUUUCGUGAGAGGGCUUUUAGGAACCUCUAAAAGUAGUCAUUUCAUCAAGUAGAACUGCUUUACCAAGCCAUUGAAUAAAGUCUUCUCAAGCUUUCAUGAUAUGGGAAAACGCUACUUAUUUCAGUUCUGAGGAA